AUGACAUCCACCGCAAAGCAGAAAGUGGUCAUUGUCGGCGCUGGCCCAGUCGGGUCUCUGGCGGCCCUCUACGCUGCUUCUCGAGGGGACGAUGUCGAGCUAUAUGAAUUGCGCGGGGAUCUCCGCGAUCCGGCGACCGUUCCUCUAAAUUUUACCAAGUCGAUCAACCUCGCCCUCUCAGAACGAGGCAUUAAUUCCAUGAACCUCUCGGGUCGCAAACAUGUGGUCGACAUGAUAAUGGACCAAGCAAUUCCUAUGCAUGGACGGAUGAUCCACGGAAGGAACUCAUCUGGGGAGUUAUGGCAGGCAGCGCAAGCUUAUGAUGUGCAUGGACGAGCCAUCAACUCGAUUGAUAGGGCGACGUUGAAUAACGCUCUUCUCGAUGAGCUUGAGAAGACGCCCAAUGUGAAACUGUUCUUCAACCACAAACUCACCGGUGCAGAUUUCCAUGCGCGCAAGGCUUGGUUCGAACGAAAGCUACCUGAAGGUCAGCAAAGCACUGGCCACAUCCAUACAGACAACAAUAGCUCGGUCGACUUUGACAGGGCGCCAGAAGUUGAGGUACAAUUUGAUUAUCUCGUUGGUGCCGACGGCGCACAUUCCGCAUCGAGAUACCACAUGAUGAAGUACUCUCGAGUGGACUAUCAACAGGAGUAUAUUGACACGCUAUGGUGCGAGUUCCGUAUCGAGCCCACCCAAGAGGGAGAUUUUCGUAUUUCUCCCAAUCACUUACAUAUUUGGCCUGGCACGGAAUUCAUGUUUAUUGCCCUGCCGUCCCCGGACAGGUCGUUCACAUGUACCCUCUUCGCACCGGCAGAUCAUUAUGCCCGCUUGGGAAACACGCCAGAACAGCUGUGUAAAUCUUUCCAGAAAUACUUUCCGGGAGUUUCCCCUGAGUUGAUUUCUCCCGACGAUCUCUAUCGACAGUUCACUGAAAACCAACAUCUCCCAUUGAUUAGUAUCAAAUGCAAGCCUCACCACUAUGGCUCAAGUGUGGUCAUUCUCGGGGAUGCCGCGCAUGCUGUUUUGCCUUUCUAUGGACAGGGGCUAAAUGCCGGACUGGAAGAUGUUAGAGUUCUCUUUGAGAUUCUCGAUGCACAUGGUGUAUAUGAUAAAACUUCCAACGAAGAUCUCAGAGUUAAGGCUCGAGCUGCGGCUUUCAAGGCAUACACGGAAACGCGCGUGGCAGAUGCGUACGCAAUUAACGACUUGUCUAAAGGCAAUUUUAUUGAAAUGCGGGCAGGAGUCAAUUCACGUUGGUACAAGAUCCGCAAAUUCAUUGAGGAGAACAUGGACCGUUACACACCACAAUUAGGCUGGAGGACUCAAUAUUCGCGAGUGAGUUUUAGUAACAUGCGGUACUCGGAGAUUGUCAAAGCCGUCGAGAAGCAGCGUUUUCUUCUCACCGCCAGUCUUGGAACGGCAUGUGUGACGACGAUCGCUGCAGGGCUUGCUAUGGGAGGGACUAUGAUUUGGAAAUGGCCGGGACAUUUCAUCUCACGUCGACUGUUGGAAUUAUUCUCGGCACUGACUCAAUAA